AUGGCCCAAAAACCACAUGAACGGAAAAGGAAACAAAUUUUAAGCAAAGAAGAACUUCAACAACUGGAUAAAGAUGAUUUAGUGGAAAGAAUUAUAAAAUUAGAAGGCCAUAAUAAACAACUCAAAGAUAUUCUUUCCAAAAGCAACACUGAGAGCGUUGAGUUGGAAAAAAAAGCAAGAAGAAGUUUUGAUUUUUCCAAAUGUCACUACCGUCGAGUCUUACUUCGCAUAAUGUACUUCGGAUGGGAUUACCAAGGAUUAGUAACGCAAGACUUCACGACUCAGACGAUAGAGCACCAUCUCUUCCAUGCGUUGAUUAAAGCUUGCCUUAUCGAGAAUAGGGAGACGUCAAACUAUCAUCGGUGUGGCAGAACCGAUAAAGGUGUCAGUUCGUUUGGGCAGGUGAUAUCAAUAAGUCUACGCAGCAAGCAUCCACUGGGGCUCCAACACGAACAAAACUCCAUCGACUCUGAGAUGCAGUAUUGCAAGAUCCUCAAUCGAUUACUACCGGAUAACAUCAGAGCAGUGGCCUGGAUGCCGAUACCUGAAGAUAGAACUGAGUACAGUGCGAGGUUCGACUGCAAAAAACGCACCUACAAAUACUUCUUCCCGCGCUCGUCGCUUGACAUAUCAGCAAUGAGAUGCGCGUGCGCGUUACUAGUGGGAUCGAAGGACUUCCGCCAUCUUUGCAAGAUGGACGUCGGAAAUGGCGUCGUUGAGUUUGUCCGGGAGAUACUGAGGGCGGAGAUAUUGCCAGUUGAGGAAGAGGGAGAAGAACUGGGAUCGAAGGACUUCCGCCAUCUUUGCAAGAUGGACGUCGGAAAUGGCGUCGUUGAGUUUGUCCGGGAGAUACUGAGGGCGGAGAUAUUGCCAGUUGAGGAAGAGGGAGAUGAGCUGGGAUCAAAGGACUUCCGCCAUCUUUGCAAGAUGGACGUCGGAAAUGGCGUCGUUGAGUUUGUCCGGGAGAUACUGAGGGCGGAGAUAUUGCCAGUUGAGGAAGAGGGAGAUGAGCUGGGAUCGAAGGACUUCCGCCAUCUUUGCAAGAUGCACGUCGGAAACGGCGUCGUUGAGUUUGUCCGGGAGAUACUGAGGGCGGAGAUAUUGCCAGUUGAGGAAGAGGGAGAAGAACCAACAACCAUGUACUACUUACUCAUAGAAGGCAACGCGUUCCUCUGGCACCAGAUUCGCUGUAUUAUGGGGGUUCUACUCCUGGUGGGGCAAGGAAAAGAACAGCCUGACGUCAUCAACCAACUGCUAGAUGUCGAUAAAUACCCUAGAAAACCCCAAUACAACAUGGCGUUAGACGUCCCUCUAAAUUUAUAUCAUUGUACCUACGAAUUGGAACAAGAAAAACAGUGGGUUUACGGGAAAGAUGAAUUACAACACCUCAUCAAGCAUUUGCAAAACGAAUGGACUAUUCAGAAUAUCAAAACAACAAUGAUAAAGGACUCCCUGCAAGUAUUAGAAGCAGAAUACAGAAAGAUGUGUCAAAAUGACGCAAAUGAAAAAUGUGACGAAAGAAUCGUUGCAUACGCUGACUGCUUGUUACAAGGUGUCAAACCGAGGGUAUACACUCCUUUGAUGAAGAGGCAGACAUGUUCAAGUUUAGAAGAAAGAAUAGAACAUUAUAAGAAGAAAAGAAAAGAAGUGGACAUAUCGGAAACUGGAUAAGUUACUAAAAUAUACUUUAUGUAUUAAUACUUUUAUAUGAAUAAAUUUUAAGAAUCGUA